AGCGAGGAGCCCCCGCGCCAUGGGCCCCGCCGGGGGUGUCCGCCCGCCGGGCCCCCCAUGAACUGAGCAUGGCGAGCGCCCUCGGCCCGCGGUGGCCCCGCCGCACGGCCCCGGGAGGCGGCGGCGGCGGUGGCGGUAGCGGUGGCGGUGGCGGUGGCGGGGGGCUCCUCUUCGUGCUGCUCUGCGCCUCGGCGGGGCUGCCCCGGAGCGCCCAGCAAGUGCUGCGGAUCGGAGGGAUAUUCGAAACUGUGGAAAAUGAACCUGUUAAUAUUGAAGAAUUGGCUUUCAAGUUUGCUGUCAGCAACAUUAAUAGAAACAGAACACUGAUGCCUAAUACCACAUUAACCUAUGACAUCCAGAGAAUUAACCUUUUUGAUAGUUUUGAAGCCUCAAGAAGAGCCUGUGACCAGCUGGCUCUGGGUGUCGCCGCCCUGUUCGGGCCCUCCCACAGCUCCUCGGUCAGCGCCGUGCAGUCCAUCUGCAACGCCCUGGAGGUCCCGCACAUCCAGACCCGCUGGAAGCACCCCACGGUGGACAACAAGGACGCCUUCUACAUCAACCUCUACCCGGACUACGCGGCCAUCAGCAGGGCGGUGUUGGACCUCGUGCUCUACUACAACUGGAAGAUAGUGACGGUGGUGUACGAAGACAGCACAGGUCUAAUUCGCCUGCAGGAGCUCAUCAAAGCCCCUUCCAGGUACAACAUCAAAAUCAAAAUCCGCCAGCUGCCCUCUGGGAACAAGGAUGCCAGGCCUCUGCUCAAGGAGAUGAAGAAGGGCAAGGAAUUCUAUGUGAUAUUUGACUGCUCCCACGAAACGGCCGCAGAAAUCCUCAAGCAGAUCCUCUCCAUGGGAAUGAUGACAGAAUACUACCACUACUUUUUUACAACACUGGACCUCUUUGCCCUCGACCUGGAGCCCUACAGGUACAGCGGGGUGAACAUGACGGGCUUUCGGCUCCUCAACAUCGACAACCCGCACGUGUCGUCCGUGGUGGAGAAAUGGUCGAUGGAGCGCCUGCAGGCACCCCCCAAACCCGAGACUGGGCUCCUGGAUGGCAUGAUGACAACCGAGGCAGCUCUGAUGUAUGACGCUGUGUACAUGGUGGCAGUGGCCUCCCAGCGCGCCUCCCAGCUGACCGUGAGCUCCCUGCAGUGCCACCGCCACAAACCCUGGCGCUUCGGACCCAGGUUCAUGAAUCUCAUCAAAGAGGCACGGUGGGAUGGCCUGACUGGGAGAAUAACCUUCAACAAAAGUGAUGGCUUAAGGAAGGAUUUCGAUCUGGACGUUAUCAGCCUCAAGGAGGAGGGAACAGAAAAGAUUGGGGUUUGGAACUCAUACAGUGGCCUUAACAUGACCGACAGCAACAAGGACAGAUCCACCAACAUCACGGAUUCCUUGGCCAACCGGACCCUCAUCGUCACCACGAUUUUGGAAGAUCCCUAUGUUAUGUACAAGAAGUCUGACAAGCCCUUGUAUGGAAAUGACAGAUUUGAGGGUUAUUGCCUGGACUUACUCAAGGAGCUGUCAAAUAUUUUGGGCUUCAUCUAUGAGGUCAAACUAGUUUCUGAUGGCAAAUAUGGAGCCCAGAAUGACAAAGGAGAGUGGAAUGGGAUGGUCAAAGAGCUCAUAGAUCAUAAAGCUGAUCUGGCUGUCGCUCCUCUCACCAUCACCUACGUAAGAGAGAAAGUCAUCGAUUUUUCCAAGCCCUUCAUGACUCUGGGAAUCAGCAUCCUGUACCGGAAGCCCAACGGCACCAACCCGGGUGUUUUCUCCUUUCUGAACCCUCUUUCUCCUGAUAUUUGGAUGUAUGUCCUCCUAGCCUGCCUCGGGGUCAGCUGUGUCCUCUUUGUCAUUGCAAGGUUUACACCCUACGAGUGGUAUAACCCCCACCCGUGCAACCCAGACUCAGACGUGGUGGAAAACAAUUUUACUUUACUAAAUAGUUUCUGGUUUGGAGUUGGAGCUCUCAUGCAGCAAGGAUCAGAGUUGAUGCCCAAAGCUCUUUCUACCAGAAUAGUUGGAGGAAUAUGGUGGUUUUUCACCUUAAUCAUAAUCUCAUCCUAUACUGCCAACCUGGCUGCCUUCCUGACCGUGGAGAGGAUGGAAUCGCCCAUCGAUUCGGCAGAUGAUUUGGCAAAGCAAACCAAGAUAGAGUACGGGGCUGUUAGAGAUGGAUCCACAAUGACCUUCUUCAAGAAAUCCAAAAUCUCCACGUACGAGAAGAUGUGGGCGUUCAUGAGCAGCCGGCAGCAGACGGCCCUGGUGAAGAACAACGACGAGGGGAUCCAGAGGGUGCUCACCACGGACUAUGCCCUGCUCAUGGAGUCCACCAGCAUCGAGUACGUGACCCAGAGGAACUGCAACCUCACCCAGAUCGGGGGGCUCAUCGACUCCAAAGGCUACGGCGUGGGAACCCCCAUCGGGUCUCCUUACAGAGACAAGAUCACCAUCGCCAUCCUCCAGCUGCAGGAGGAGGGGAAGCUGCACAUGAUGAAGGAGAAGUGGUGGAGAGGCAACGGGUGCCCCGAGGAGGACAGCAAAGAAGCCAGUGCCCUCGGGGUGGAGAAUAUCGGGGGCAUCUUCAUCGUGCUGGCUGCAGGGCUGGUUCUGUCAGUGUUUGUGGCCAUCGGGGAGUUCAUCUACAAAUCGAGGAAGAACAGCGACAUCGAGCAGUGUCUUUCUUUCAAUGCCAUCAUGGAGGAGCUUGGAAUUUCCCUCAAGCACCAGAAGAAGCUGAAGAAGAGGUCGAGAACGAAGGGGAAAUCCUCCUUCACGAGCAUCCUCACGUGUCACCAGAGGAGGACACCGAGGAAGGAAACCAUCGCCUGAGCACCGGGAAAUAACGGGAACCAAACGAAAAUAAAACAAAUAAAAC